GAAUGGCAAAUCAUAUUAAGACUCGAUCUGUCGUAAUUCCAACAGCAUUUGUACGCGAAGUGUAACUUCAUUUGCAUUUUUUUAAUCGAGUAUUCAGAAAGACAGCUUUUUUGAUGAACCCGGAUUUCCUAAUAGCUCUGAAUUUUCCUAACAAUUGAUGUGGUAUUUGUGAGAUACAUGGUAUUUUCGUUUCACUGUAUAUAUGCAUGAACAAUCAGUUCGCAAAUGACAUCAAUAUAUGCUUCUCAGAAUUGCUGACGUGUACCACAAUGGACGCACAGUUAAACUGCUGAAUGAAGAUAGGAUCUGGAUAGACGAGAGGAGUGGACUCUCACUUACUCUAAGGCCAGACUUCCGGACAAACGCCGAUCUGUUUGCACUGGUGAUCGAGGACACUUGGGUGGGGGAUAUGGAUCCCCUGAUUGCAGCCCUCAGGGACUCCCUCCUCACUCCCAAAGUGAUUGCAGUGCACAACUCACACCGUCUGAACAUGACUCAGCUGCACAGAUACUACUGGAAUGCUUUCUACGAUGACUCAUUCGACGUCUUCUGCCUCUCCUCCCUCAGUCCCCCCUCCCCUUCGGCCUCCGUCCUCCGAUUCAACUUCUCCCUCACCAACCCCAAACAGACAAAGAGAAAACAGUUCGCACGUCUCAUGCUCACCAAUAUCGCACCCUCACUUGUAUUUCGCACGGGCAGAAACGCACCCUUGGGAGUGAAGGGGGGCCAGAGUGGUCGAGUGGCUGUGUUUAAUGUCACUUUGGGGGGCAGUUUUGAAGUCAUUGUCACUGAUAGCGACCAUGAAGAUGAACAGAAGUUAAGUGACGAAGGCUGUUACGUCAUGUGGGGGUCUAAUAUUUUUCCAAAUUGGACCCGCGCUAGAAGUCUUCCCGUAAUUGGAGCGACCAGUUUCUUCCCGAAGAGAGAGAUAGUGCUUCACACUGGAUACAAUUCGGAUACGAAGUUCAACCUGGACAAUGUCAGACUGGGCCAGUUCGCAUCCCUGGUUAUGGACCAGAUUCCAUAUUCUAUUCAGGAAAAUGCUCUGGGCUCUUUGGCACUCAAGUUUGACUCUCUGUUCACGUGGUGUCAGGACUCCCCAGACCAACUAUGCGAAGAGCAGAUCACCCCCUCCAUCAACGAAGACUGGGGGGAUAGACAGUGUGGGGACAUGCCAACUCCUGAUCUGUGCAUGCUUUGUCACAUUCAGCAGUUGAAUCAGACCAGAGGCAGAUCUUCCGGGCUAGCCAAAAAAUGCAACUGGAUAGAUACCUCCAGGUUCAGAAGUGACAAACUGCAUUGCACUAAUUUGACACCAAAUACCGCCAUUCUACUCGUUACAGCCAUUUUUAACUUAUUAAUAUCAAUGGGGCUAUUUUAA